CUGUCAACAAUAAACAGUGAAGAUAACUAGCAAGAUAAGAACCCGUUAAACAGUAACCCGGUCUGCUGCGAUGCACAACGCGGUUCGAUCAACUGUCACCGGCUGACCCCAAGCUCACCCGGGUGGAAAGUUUUUGCUCUUAUUGAAACUUUCAUGAGUGCGCUGCUGCACCGGCUGCUGAAGUGGCAUAACCGUAGCAGUAAAGGUACUUUCUCCGAAUCGAUUUACCUUUCAUUAUACCACGAUGGUACUAUUCCCAGUUUAUGAGCCAAUUUGGCUCCAGUUGCAGUCCAGCAUCUUUGCCGGUCAGCUAGAGUAGAGGGACGAUUCGGUGUGUAUGUGUGAGUGUGUGUGGUUUGAUAUUAAAAGUUAGUCAAGUUAAUUCCAACAGAGCUACUAGAAACUGAAGUAUACCGUACAACCGCUUCCAGCCUUGGUAAUGGAUUUGAAAGUUAUAUUGAGCUUAGUACUUAGUUGUUGGGGCCAGCUAAUGGCACUAACUCUAGAGUCGGAUACUUCUGUGGUAAGCAAAAGUAUGCCCAGGAUUACUUGUUCCGACUGUGUUUGUGGCGGCUUAGGUUCGACUAACUCCCGCAUAGUGGGAGGUAAUUACAGCGAAAUUGGAGCUUAUCCAUGGGUGGCAUCGGUUUUCUACAAAGGACUGUUUACAUGCGGUGGCAGUUUAAUAAACGAUCGGUACAUUUUGACGGCCGCUCAUUGCGUGGUGCGUGCGAAGCCCAGCGAUUUUGAAGUUUUUCUUCGAAGGCCCAGUAUCGUGAGUACUAAUUCAGAGAUGAUACAACGAAACGUUGCCACAAUAAAGUUGAACCGCUAUCAAGGACUCAGAAACAAUAACGACGUAGCACUUCUAGGCUUGCGAGAGCCAGUUACGAUUGGUCCUGAUUUGAUGCCGAUAUGUUUACCGGAAGGAACGAGUAGCUAUCAGGGAGAGAUGGCUACAAUAAUUGGUUGGGGAACAACAGCCAAUGGCAGUUUGUCGGAUAUGUUGCAGCAACUCACGGUUCCCGUUCUUUCGAAUCAGGAAUGUAAACGGACCGGUUAUUUUCGAUUCCAGAUCACCAGCCGGAUGCUGUGCGCCGGAUUCCUGGAAGGUGGUCGAGAUUCGUGUCAGGGCGACAGUGGCGGUCCGCUUCAGCUGAUGAGUUCCUCAACGGGAAGGUACGAGAUCAUCGGUGUCGUGUCGUGGGGAAACGAGUGUGCCCAGCGCAAUUAUCCCGGCGUGUACGCCCGGGUUACCAAGUUCGUCAGCUGGGCUAAGUUCAACGGCAGAGACGCCUGCUGGUGCCGGUGAGAGCUGCCAGUGAUUACUUUGCUACGCAAACAUACAUUCUCGUGCCGGGGGCGACCCAAAAGGUCACAAUUACAUCAAAGUGUCCCUGCGUUUCUUUCGGUAUUGUUGUGAACUUUUGAAACACGAAGAUAGAUGAGAAUAAUAUGCAAAAAUGUGAAGAAAUGAUAUACAAUUGUGUUGUCAGUGUAGAUAAACUUUUGGCACGCCCCGUUAAGCUCCGAAUGAGAUAGCGAAUUAUUGUCCUGGUGCUUCAUCCUGUUCCGGAACCUGAACAGUUUCUCAAUCUGAUCCUGAAUCUCAUAGUUAGUCGUGACGGGUAAAAACGUAAGCAAAACUAUUCCAUUCAUAAGAAUUUCGUUGAAAGAAAUAUAUCAAAUUCGCAUGAAGGAUCAGUGCUCUGGAAAAAAGCACAUAGUUUUUCUUAGUCUGUUAUCACCAGCAGAAAAAAACUAAGUUGAAACAUUUUCAUUUUCUUUUAUACCGUGACAAAAUGAAUACCCCCCAAUCAAUGAGUAGCAUCCUCCGGGGUCUUCUGUCACGCGAGGGAAAGUUUCUUACACUGGGACAAUUUAUAUCACAAUCACAAGACAUUUUUUCUUGCGUCAGCCAACAUCUGGAUGUGAAACGCCAC